UUCCGUGGGAACAUGGCUGCGGCCUGCGUCGGCGUUCUUUGGAGAAAGGUCUUAACCGGCUUGAAGGCUCCCAAGUUGCUUAAAAGUUCUCAGGCCCUAGCUAGCACAGGUUGCAGGUUUUCACUUAGUCUUUUGCCUAAGAAUAUACCAAAUGUCACAUCUUUUCACCAGUGUAGAUUACUUCAUACCACAUUGUCAAGGAAAGGACUGGAAGAAUUUUUUGAUGACCCAAAGAACUGGGGGGAAGAAAAAGUGAAAUCUGGAGCUUCAUGGACGUGUCAGCAAUUAAGGAAUAAAAGUAAUGAAGAUUUACAUAAACUUUGGUAUGUCCUACUGAAAGAAAGAAACAUGCUCCUAACUCUAGAGCAGGAGGCCAAGCGGCAGAGAUUGCCAAUGCCAAGUCCGGAGCGGUUAGAAAAGGUAAUAGAUUCCAUGGAUGCAUUAGAUAAAGUUGUCCAGGAAAGAGAAGAUGCCCUCAGACUUCUUCAGACUGGUCAAGAAAAAGCUAGACCUGGUGCUUGGAGAAGAGACAUCUUUGGAAGAAUCAUCUGGCACAAAUUCAAGCAGUGGCCUAUACCUUGGUACCUAAAUAAAAGAUACAAUAGGAAACGAUUCUUUGCAAUGCCCUAUGUGGAACGUUUUGUCAGACUGAGACUUGAGAAACACGCCCGCAUUGAAGCAAGAAAGAAAAGUUUAGAGAAAAAGAAAGAAAAAUUUCUUCAGGAAAAGUUUCCACAUCUUUCUGAAGCCCAGAAGUCGAGUCAAGUCUAAGAUGUCUGAGUUCAAGUUGCCAUUUUGUUUUCCUUGGGUAACAGUCUAUAUACAAAAGUAAAUAUGUAUUAAUUUAUAAAGAAAUUGUGUUUUUAGUCAAAUGA